AAAGAAUAUGUCCUAUUCGGAAUCACUAGCUGAGGUGUUUUAGUGUUGUUUCCAGCUUGAUGUGCCGAUCUUAUUUUGUGAGAUAAUAACUUCCGCAAACAUUGAGGGACAGAAUUCUACACUCAAUAAUGUCACUACCGACAAACAUUAAUCUGUGUAUAUACAUCGCUACGAUCUGGGGCACUCCUUGUGUGGACAGUCUUAUGAAACAUGCCCGCUACAGGAGAUUUAGUGAUGCGAUUGCCAUUGCAAACACGACUACACCAGAGUGGGUUUCUGAUCUCUUCUGUCUUGUAGAUACCUUAAUAGAGAAUCGGAAAACGUCUCUAACAACGCCCGAAACCAUUCAAUGUUUCACAAAUCGUGCAGUUUAUGGUAAGCGAAGCCUUUGGAAAAUCGUCCCCGGCAGAAAGGUCAUCCAUCGUACACACACCACAAAAACUCCCCUGAAAGCACAUAUUCGUCAAAAGAAUGGUGCUCACAAGACGAGCCGAAAGCCCGCCAGGUCAGCUGUGAGAGAGAGUAAAUAUAGCAAGUCAUCGUUUAUCCUGAUAUUUGACAUACCAAACAAGAUCGUCUACAAACUGAAGGAAGGGAAGCAUUAUACCAAAUAUGUCUUACCUACGAGCGACCGCUUAGUAGAUAUUGAAUUCUCUGUCAAAGAAGGCAAGGUCUUAUGGGUUGGACAGUGGAAGAUCAUGGCAACUCGCCUGAAGUCCAACCUCAACGCAAAUGACAUCUCACCUCACAGAUGGUUGGAACAAGAUGGACUUCGAAUGGUUAGAAGGGACUCAAGUCAUACUUUCCUGUUAACCGACCAGCACAUUUAUAAGUCCAGCUACCAUUACUCGAGCCGUUCACGCAAGGACAAAAUUGCAAAUAUUGUUUCCCCUUCUCAUGCCCAGUUGGAUGAAAAACACAGAUAUAUCUACUGGACAGAACAUUUCACAUACAUGGCAAAACUCAAGGUGGUCCCGUAUUCUGGAGGAAAGCCACGGACAAUCACUUCGGUUAAAGUGAUGCAAAGUUUUACCAUCACCGAAGACGGGUUCUAUUUGUUCUAUUGUGGACCAAAGCCUCGAUUUACUCUGAUGCACAACUUAAAGAAAGACAAGAAAUAUAGUACUAUCACGGAUGAGUGCAUCGGUGUUGCCAAUGGGGACGAUGCACAACUUUUCCUCACAUCAAGGAUCCUUGUGACGGUGCCCAGAAAGGGAAAAAGCUCCUGGCAUUCCUUUCCUACCAUUCAUAAAGGUGGUGUAAAGUAUAUCAAAUAAAAGUAAAGGGCACAUGGGCGUAAACACAAAAGGAUGCGCCGGCUUACACAGAUCACAGAAACCACCUACCUUUUUGAGGCUUCCUGUACAUGUAUAUUAUAACCUUGAGAAAUAAAAAUUCAAUCAUA